CCGCGGGGAGGGGGCCCAAGGGCUUCUCCUCCUCUGGCCGGGUUAUUUUUUCCGGUGGGAAGAGCCAAAGGCGGCGGUACCCCCUUCCCGCCCCCCCCUCCUCUCCGCAGCAGCAGCACAUGGGAAGCAAAAGUUUUCCUCCUCCUCCUCCUCCUCUUCCUCCUCCUCCUCCUCCUCCUGCUGCCGCUGCUCGGUGCCGUCGCCCCCCGAGGAUGCUCGGGCUCCGCUCGGAUGUCCCGACGGACAGCGGGGAAUAGAGCGCGGCUGGGAGCGGAGCCGAGCCCGCAUCUUCCGCAGGGAUCCGCGGGGAGAGGAGCGGCAGGGCCGGAGUAACGCGAUGGUUUAAGGGCGCCCCGGGCCGGGCCGCGCCGCCCCGCUCCGCCAUGGGCACCGCGAUGUGCUCCCGCCGGCACAAGGCGCUGCUGCCCCCCGCGCUCGGCCUGCUCGGCCUGGCCGGCCUGGCCUCGGCCGCGCUGCUCUACGGGCACCUCCAGAGCAGGGUGCGGGGCGCCGAGGCGCUGGCGCAGAAAUACAAACUGCAGCAGGAAGCGCUGUCGGCACAGCUGCAAGUGGUGUACGAGCACCGGGCCCGCCUGGAGCGCUCCCUGCAGAAGGAGAGGGGCGAGCACAAGAAAACCAAGGAAGAUUUUUUAGUGUACAAGUUGGAAGCUCAGGAAGCUCUCAACAAGGAGAAGCAAGACUCCAUGAACAGAUACGGCGCCCUCAGCUCCCAGCACAAGAUCCUGAAGAACCAGCACGACGACGUCAAGAAGCAGCUGCUGGAGCUGCAGCUGCAGCACAACAGCCUCAGGCUGGAGCACAGGAAGAGCCUGGAGAGCCACGGCCAGAAAGUGGCCCAGCUGCAGCAGCAGAGGGACAGCGAGGUCACCAACCUGCAGGACACGGUGCAGAAACUCAGAGAAGAGAGCAAACUGCUCAGGAAAGCUCACCUGGAGGUGCACUCGCAGCUCCUCAGUGCCCAGGCGCAGAUGGAGGAGUUCAGGCAGCUCAAGGAAGCUCUGCAGAAGAUGCCGGGCCUGAGAGGAGGAGGAGGAGGAGGAGGAGGAGGAGGAGGAGGAGGAAGGAAGGGGCAGCAGCCCCUGGUGCCAGCCAGCACCCACCUGCAGCCGGGGAGGCCCCAGGGUGUGGAGAUGCAGAUGCACAUCCAGGUGAGGAGCCACGAGCAGAGCCCGGCCCCUGGGCUGGCCCUGCCUGAGCCAGGACCAAAAUCCGCAGCAGAAAAUGCGCCAGGGCCGGGCAGAGAGCUGCCAGCGCACAGCUGGCAGGUCCCUGUGAGCCCGGGGGAUGCCCGGGGGAUGCCCAGGAGUGCCCAGGACACCCCCAGGGAUGGGCACAGGGGCAGCACCCGGAGCCCAGGGACAGGGACAGCGGCACACGGGGACGGGGCCGACCAGGAGGAGCUGCAAAUGGAUGCAGGAGUCAUCGACAGGGAGCUGCACUCCCAGAAAGAGCCCGAGGCCCAGGAGCCCAUGGUGCCAGAUGAUGCUGCAGAUCCUGCCCAGGACCCCAACAACCAGGGGGAGGAUGAGUUUGAGGAGGCUGAGCUGGAGAGACCUGACUUUGAGGAGAAGGCGGGAGCCUCGGAGAAGCUCAAGGAGCCCAGAGUUAAAGAAGAGUGGAAGGAGAAGCCACCAAAGGAUGCUGGCAGAGCUGCCAAGCCCAGGGAAGAGCCACUGGAGGAUUACCAAGAAGAUCAGGAGCAAGAAAUUGUACGACACCAAGGAGGAUCAUGGAGGGGAGGUGGAUGACAACGACGACCUGGAGCUUGUCCAGGAGCAGAAGGAGCCUGUGGGGAGGCAGGGAGGUGCUGGCAAGAAGGAUGAUUACUUCUGAGAGCUGCUGGAAAUGCAGGAUGCUGCAGGAAUGAGGGGAUGGCAGCGAAACACUGCCCACAGCAAUGCAGGAGGAGAGAGAUCCCCCAAACAAAGAGGGGUUUGCAGAUGAAAAGACGAAAAUCCCAUCUCAGUGUGGGGCCAGUGCUGCCUCAGAGAUCUCAGACUGGGGAUGAUCUUACCCCGCUGCUUUUCUUAGGAGCACUUUUUGAUUUACUGUGUUCUUCGCCCUCCUGUUUUUCACAUCCCCUUUCUGAGCUGGAGAGGGUUUUUGGGGCCGGUUUUGGGGGUGUUUUUUACCCCCCCUGGGCAGCAGAGGGGUCCCUGGACUCACUCAAAUACAAAGGAAUCUGUCUUCAUAAAUGAUUUUGUGUUUCUUUAACACAUCCCGUGAGCAGGGUGGGGAGGGAACCAGAGGAAAUUUCCUGUUCUUUGCCCUGGAGCUGUGCAAGAGAGCACCAACCACAGCCAGAAAAAUGUGUGUGUGUGGAUGUGGACACUUUCCUGCUGCAGGAACCCUCCAGAAACUGGGAGUGAAUCCUUGCAGAGCCCUCCUUGCCCUUCCUUUGAGCUGUGUGACAUUCCUGCUGAGUGUCCCUUGGAAUCCUGUGCCCCUGCUGGAGGUGAGGGCUGCCCUGAGCUCUUCCCCAUGGGGACAGUGACAGCCAUGCCAAGAAACAGGAAAAAAAAAAAAAAAGAAUAUUUUCAGCCCAACGAAUGCAGUUCCAGCCUGGUUGGAUUCUUGCCAGUCUCCCAGCAGCAGCCAAGGUAAAUUUUGUCUCUUCUAGAGAGGUUUUGAUCAGCAAGAUGGGAGCUGUUGGUGGAGCGGAUUGAAUCCUGUGGGACUUUACUCAGCCUCCAAAAGAUUUGCCUGACCUCAGGGACAAAGCAGGAACAGUCAGCUGGAAUGGAAAAUGAAAGGAGGAUGGUUUAAUCACGAUAUCUCAAAGCCCAGAGCCUGCUUCAAGUGAUAAGAGCAGGGCAGAGCUGUCCCACUGCUGCCCUGAGCUGUGUCCUCCUUCCUCAUCACCUCAACCACAAACACAGGGAAUUGUGCCUGAAUCUCAUCACCUGCUAAAACAUCAGAGCAUCUUUGUUCUCUAUUUGAAUUAGCUGAGCUCUUUCUAAUCCCUUGUUUGUGGCAUAUUUUGCAAGCACUUUUAGGCACUGGGGAAAACAAUAUUUAUUUCCCAACAAGCUCAGCCUUUUUCAUUCUGACAGCAUUGAUUAUUUUUGUUUUUCUUCCACUGGUUGUAAUAGAGCUUGAAAUUUACAUUUCAUAGGAGUUUUUGGUUCUUUGUUUUCAUUCUGCUUGUGUUUCUUACCAGCACAAUCAGCUGUGCAAGUCCAACUCUGGCAUGGAGCAGAAUAAGGAAAGGGACAAUUUCAGGAAAUUAUCCUUUAGCCAAGAGCCAGAGCUGCUCAUGGAGCUCAGUAAGGAGCUCCCUACCAAACCCUGGUGGGGUUUAAGAUGCACAAAAUGGCCAACUAUCUUUUGUUACAGGGCAUUUUAAGGAUAAACUGUCCAAUUAAGUAAUGAUACCUAAAUUAAUUUCCCUUUUAACCCAAUAACUGAUCACUCGACCCCACAAUGUGGACUUUUCUGUCCAAUCACACAAAAGCACCCAAACCCAUGGAGAAGCAGGAAGAAGAAGGUAAAGAAGAACAACCUGUCUCUGCCCUAAAGCCUCCAUCUUGCUUCAUAUUAAUUUCUAUAUUCUAAAACCCCAAACUCUUACAUUUUCCACCCUGUGAUCCCCAAACCCCAAACUCUUCAAGUUUUCCACUUCUAACCAGCCCCACACCCACCAUCCCAGUUCCAUCAUUCCAUUUUGGAGCCCUUCUCCACAGCCUCAGGUCCAAUGCCGUUUUCUCUGCCUGUCAGCACAGAAAGCUCUAAUUUUAAACAGAAAGUUUAAUAUUUUCAGCAGCCAGGGUUCCAUCACCCAGCUGUGUUCAGCUCAGCUCUCCCUCCCUGGCUCUGGCUGCCUCAGCCCUGACUGGAAGUGAAUCAAGCACUGCAAAUAGCAGCCCAAUGGGGGUGAGGCUGCUCGUGGAUUCAGGCUGCAGGAAAAUCUAAAUUAGGAGGCAGAUUCUCUGUGCUUGCACGUCUAGGGUGAGUAAUCCUCAGAGUUAUGACUCGGGGGGAAGUGCAGCAACUGGGCUGGACGCAAAGCUCCCAGCUUGGAGGGUGCUUUAGGAACCAUAUGUCUGUCAUGUGCUGAGAGCAAACAUCUCUGCCCUGGGGACUGGCUGCCCUGGCCACAUCUGAGGCUAAAAUUAGCAGAGUGCUGCAUAAAUUGUGAGCUGGAGGCUGUCAGUGCUUCACUGCCUGGCCCACAGCGAGUUCUGAUACUCCUUCAGUGUUUCCUUGAGAAGAGACAAUAAAUCCAGAGGAGGAGAAGCAGGAAAGCCAAAGCCUGUGGUGGUGCUGGGUCUGGCUGGAGGCUCUGAAGCAAUCUGGGAUCCUGCUGGGGCUUCUCAGCUUGGAACAUCACGGAGCUGAGCAGCAGAAUGCUGAAGCAAUGCCAUGAAAUAGCCCAGGCUGGGUUUUGCUGCACAGAACAAAUCUCAGGAAACAGAUGGAUUGAUAAGAGAGCAAACAAUGAGAUAAAGGAUUCCCAGGGAGCCAGCACAGCCAGGCUGGCCAAGCCAAAGCACAGGGGCCUGCUUGGCUCUGCAUAAAUAAUUGGGGUUUUGCUCGGCCACAGUGCAAGGCCAAAAAAAGUGCAGAAGUGUAGUUAACCCAUAGUUUUAUCAUUUUUUUGAUGGGCCUUCACUGCUGUGCCAACCAUUUUCCCUCCCUGCAGCACACUCCAGACCCUUGGAUCUCCCAGCAGAACUCAGGGUGAGUUCAUCACAUGUUGUUAUGAUCACGAGUUGUUGAUCACAAAUUGUUGAUCACAAGUUGUUCCUCACAAGUUGUCCAUCACAAGUUGCUCCUCACAAGUUGUCGAUCGCAAAUUGUUCAUCACAAGUUGUUCCUCAUAAGCUGUUCAUCACAGGUUGGUGAUCACAAGUUGUUCCUCAGAAGUUGCUCAUCACAAGUUGU